AUGGCGGCGCACCUCGAGAACAGCGACGACGUCGGGCUCAGCGCGCAGCACUUUUACGAGCGGUCGCCCGUGCUUCCGAGCCCGCCCCCGCCCCCGCUGCCCCUCGCCGCCGUCAACGACUGGCUCAACAAGCUCGCCCAGCCGUCCGCGAUGACGCGGCUCCUGCUCGCCGAGAUCGUCCCUCGCACGGCGCCCGAGCAGCUCAAGGUGCUCGUCCGGAUCGUGCGGAAGGACCUGCGCCUCGGGGCGGGCGCAGCGACCAUCCUGAAGGGCAUCGGUGGCGAGGGCGCGUGGGCGAGGUUCAAGGCGCAGCCGCACGAGCUCGAAGCCAUCUUCGGCGGCGGCAUGGUUGCGGCGGGGCGGCCGUGCAAGCCGCAGCUCGCGGGGCAGUGCAACUCGUUUGAGGUCAAGUACGACGGCGAGCGGCUGCAAGUGCACAUGACCCGCGACGGCGGCGUCGCCUUCUUCUCGCGCUCCCUCAAGGACGUGCCCGCCACCAAGGUGAUCGGCCUCGAGGCGGCGCUGCGCAAGGCCUUCCCGCCCCUCUCGCCGGGAGGGCCUGCGCGUGAGGUGGUGCUCGACGGCGAGGUUGUGAUGAUGGCGGCCGACGGCACGGUGCUCGCCUUCGGCGCGCAGGGCGUGCACGAGCAGAAGAAGCACAAGGACGCGACCUGCUGCCUCGUCGUCUUCGACCUGCUCGCGCUGGACGGGGGAGCCCUCACCUCCGAGCCACUGCAGCGGCGCCGCCAGAUCCUCGAGGCUGCCCUCGAGAAGCAAGUUCGCCUCUCCGACUGCAAGCUCAUGCGGACGAGCGCGGGCGUGGCAAGGGCGUUUGGCGAGGCGGACGCGCAGAAUCUCGAGGGGCUGAUGAUCAAGGAUGCGGCGGGGCCGUACGUGCCGAACGACCGCAAGGUCUGGCUCAAGAUCAAGAAGGACUACCUCGGCGAGGCCGCCUGCGACGCGGCCGAGGUCGACAUGGCCGACUCGGUGGACCUCGUAGUCCUCGGCGCCUUCUUCGGCACCGGCCAGAAGGCAUCCCUCUACUCGAGCUUCCUGAUGGGCUGCUUCGACGAGGAGGAGGACGCGUGGCGCGUGGUGUGCAAGCUCUCAAACGGCUUCUCGAUGGCGCGCCUCGAGGAGCUCAAGGGCGCGCUCACGGGAGGCGACACGCCGCUCCUGCGCCGCCUCGACCCCACCGACGAGCUGCCGAGCUGGUAUCCGCAGGAGGCAAAGGGAGGCAGCCGCCCCGACGCGGUCCUGCGGGCGGCCCCCUCCGACGAAGAGGGGUGCUUUGUGUGGGAGGUCAAGGGUGCCGCUUUCACCGAGGGCAACAAAUCGACGGGCUCCGCCUUUUCCAUCCGCUUCCCGCGCCUCGUCCGCGAGCGCGACGACAAGGAGGUGUCGGACGCGAGCACGGCGGAGUACAUCCACGGCCUCAUCAGCCUCAAGAAGGGCACC